CCGCGUCUCAAGCGCGUUUGUGGCUCCUCUCGCAGCGCCCGCUGCUGCCGCCUAUUUGUAGCCGCUUCUACCACUUUCCUUUCCUCCCCCACACCACCUCCUCUUCUUCUUCCACCCUUCCCUCCCUGCUCCAGAUGCUCUUUCUCAUCUCCUCUGCUUGCUUUGACCUCCGGUACGUCACACCUCUGGGUGUUUGAAACAGAAUUUAGCAGAAGAACGUUUUUGGUCUUUUCUCCAUCUGAUUUGCAAUAGAAGCGAACAAAAGGCGAUCUUUUGAUAUGUUUGGCUUAUAAAAGGGAGAAAUGACUAAUCCAUCAGAUCUCUCUUUCUUCCCUCUAUUUCUGUUUAUGGGUUUUUUGAGCUCUCCAUGAUUCUAAGAUCUAACCUUUUUCAGGUCUGAUACCAAAAGGGUUCUCAGCUGAUAUUAAAGCGGUUUAAGAUCACUCUGGCCGUCACUGAGGUACCAUCCUCUCGCACCUUGAGAAAGGUGUGUGCUCGAGAGGAUGCACCCUUCCCUCUCUUCUCCAUUCCCAUCUACACUCUUCUGCUUGUCUGGCUGUUGUGUCGUAUGGUAAAAGGAUCUCCUUUCGACAAUGGCUAACCCACAGAUUCACUUCAGCUGAGAUCACCUGCAUCUACUUCUAUAGUCCUUAAUCUGCUAGGCUUCUUCUUGCUUCAGAAGCUCUUAGAGUCAUAAAGAGAAGGUAGUCGUCACGCUUAUCUAGAAUAUUGUGUUGUGUGUAAGUUCUUUGGUACCAGAAAAAAUGGCAAGAAUCAAUUGCUUCUCUGCUCUCCUGGCUGGAAAGAAGAAGAAAUCUAAGGAGUCUCCAAAAGCCAUCCAUUCUAAUAAUGAAAAUGGCGAUGGAGAUUUGCUAGUUAAGCCAGAAAAAUUCAUCUGUGCAUCCGGCGAGACAAAGGAGGUGUCUUUCGAGGACUUGUCAGUAAAAUCUCAGUCGAAGAAGAAAGCUUCUACCGAUGUGAAAUCGGUGGAGGAUGACAAGAAGGAUGGGAAUUCUGUUCCAACCAAUGUGGCAAUUGAAGCAGCUUAUGAGGGAGGCGACGAGCAUGACGACAUCUUGUCGAUGAAAAGGGAUUUAUCCGACUUCGAUCUCCAGGCGCUAGCAGCAGAGAAAGGUGAAAUCAAUACCCAUGAUUUGAAUCAAGAGUUUUGCAAUUAUGAGGUGGAGAAUGAAUCGGAGAAAGUUGAGGGCAUCACACCCGAAGCAAUGAUCCGCAGUGGGCAUGUAAGCGACCCAGGGAUGGGCCGCACCACUGCCUUCUGGGGAUCUCCCAUGUUGAAGCGCUCGUGCUCUAACAUCGAAACAAAGAGAGCUAGUAGAUUGCUUGGAUCCCCAGUCAAGUCCCAUUCAUAUGAUGAUCUCCGAAACUUACCUGAAAAUUUCCUGAGAGAAGCACCAAAGGCAAUCCCAGGCAGCCCAGCAUCAGUAAUGACUUCCUUCAGUGCUGAUAAAGUGAUGCUAAAGAAGAGGUCUUCAAGCCAGGUUCUUCCUUCAAGAAGUAGGAAGCUUUGGUGGAAGCUUUUCCUGUGGAGCCACAGAAAUCUCCACAGGACUUGGUCCUUGAAACCACAAAGGAUUGCCUUCCUCAAUCGUGCCUCCAAUCAGAGAGACGGAUACUGCUCUGACACGAUGGAACCAAGCCAUGGAGAGGAUUUGAAAAACAAGAAAGCCAUGGAUGAAUCUGAGAUUAGAUGUAGGAACGGUAUGUGGCCUCCGAACCAGUGGGUUGCUUUUUCUGCAGAAUCUUCUUCUUUGGAUAGAGUAAAUGCUUGGGUGCACAGUCUGGAUGAUAAUCCAUUCUGCCCAAUCGAGGAUACUGAGAAUGAAGAUGAUGAAGCAGUAGAUGGGUCUUCUACGCACCCAACCUUUCUGGAGAUUAAGGAAUCAUCUAGCAAAAACAACACUCGUGCUGGCCGGCGAGCAGCGGAGGAGGUGUUGCAGGCCAACAACAUCAUCCAGUCUCUGAAUGCCUUUUCCUCGGUGGCUCACAUUGCCGGCAUGGGCUUAAAGGUGAUACCUGCGAUUUCAGCUUUCACUAGCCUCCGAUCGGUCAACUUAUCUGGCAACUUCAUAGUUCACAUUUCGCCGGGAUCUUUGCCCAAGAGCCUUCACAUGCUCGACUUGUCAAGGAACAAGAUUGUGACAAUUGAAGGCCUCAGAGAACUGACGAGGCUCCGGGUUCUUAAUCUCAGCUAUAACAGAAUCUCACGAAUUGGUCAUGGACUGUCAAACUGCACUCUCAUCAAAGAGCUGUAUAUUGCUGGGAACAAGAUUAGCGGUGUGGAAGGGCUUCACAGGCUUCUGAAGCUCACGGUUCUCGACCUGAGCUUCAAUAAGAUCACCACAGCCAAGGCUUUGGGCCAGCUUGUCGCAAACUACAACUCUCUGUUGGCCCUCAACUUGCUCGGGAACCCAAUCCAGAGUAACAUUGGAGAUGACCAGCUCCGCAAGGCAGUGUGUAGCCUGCUGCCACAUCUAGCUUAUCUGAACAAGCAGCCUAUCAAGCCACUGAGGGCAAGAGAGGUGGCAACUGACAGCGUCGCCAAGGCUGCUCUUGGGAACAAUGGCUGGGGUUCUCGGAGGAGGGCGACCAGGCGAGUCGGCCACGGCUCAAGCAGCUCGGGCAAGGGCAUGACCGGGGAGGGAAGCAGCCACAGGGGUGCAGGUAGCAGUGGCGGGAACAAGAGCGGCAAGCAUAGAUCGAAGAGCCGCCACCAUCACCACUCCAUUUCUACCAGGAAAUAAACGCAUAGAGAUUUUGGGGGGAUUUUAUAUGCAUCAGGGUUUGUUCCGUUUGGAAUAAGUUGAAUUAUUUAAUGGGGUUUAUGCUGAAUUAUUCGAAUGGACUUGUGGAUUUUGAGUUGGACGUUAAUGUGAAGGGAUAAAACUGACAUGUUUGCUGGGUUUUGGUUA